AGAAAUAAUUUGGCCGGGUCAUAUGUAGCAAAGCCUCGCCUUCGAGGCUGUAGCUGCAGUGACAUUAGCCUUUAUAGAACAUGCCUCUGAGCUCUCUACUUCAAGAGCCCUAUGGAGACAGUAGUUAUUGUAUGUCUUUAUUACAUCAGUUUAUCGUAGUGAAACUUUUAUGCACUUUUUAUUUUGUUAUAAAUCAUUGUCAUUAUAUUUUACGCAGUUUACAGCGACCCGUUUUUAGGCCUCUUUACAGCCAAACUACAUUUACACUUGUAACUCAAUUUAAUCACUUCAUUUAUAAUACAUGAACAAUUCAUUACCAUUUGUCAUGGCGCUCUUUGGCCAUACUUGGCCCUUGCGCCAUUAAGCACCACACAUCAAUCAAUCAAUCUUGAUUCGAUGGCUGCCGCAGCUCACCGCCGCAUCGCGUUACACUAGCCACUGUAACCGCGUUUUGCAGCGUAUCUUCGUAGGCCUGACGUACGUUGCAAACACAAAUAGUUACUUGUUGCUUCGGUCGUCACGUUUGCUAGAAGAAUGUUCGCUUUGAUUCGCUUCCUGGAUGACUUCGAGAAGAAGGAGUACACUGUCCCAGUGAAAGAUAUCAAAGACUUCUAUCUAGCAAAUGAACAGGAUUUCAGCAGAAAUAAGGUCUAUAGGACGCUCUGGGUGGAGGAAGACAAUCCAGAGAACAAUGGGACAUAUCCUUCCCAAGUUCUUCUACAAGCAAGUUCCAAAGAAGAACUUGACAAGAAAAAAGGAAACAAAAGACUGUGUAGACCAAUCAUACAUCCAUCUGACGUUGAAGCAGAUGGUGCAAGUGAAGCAGAUGCACCAGCAUCACAAAAACAGGCCUUCAAACAGGGCAACAAGAAAGCCAGGCAGAUUGAGGCAGACUCAAAGAGAACUGCCUAUAAAAAUAAAACGAGCACUUAACUAGUGUUUCAAGUAAAAAUGAAGGUGCCCGUGCUAUUCAGGUAUGUGCCAUUAAAAUAUCUGUCUUCAUAUUGCUAUCAUCAUAUGUUUGAAUUAUUACUGUAUGGCUGUGUUUGCAGGUCGCCAGAAAAAAACAGAAGCAGCCGGAGAGUGAGUCAGGCAGUGGCACUGAUGAUGAUGUUGUCUCUCAAAGAAUUGAAGCGUGCCAAGACUGACGCAUGUUACUGGUGCUGCCGGUAUGAGGCUUCUGCAAAAGAAAACGCCGAGCUGUGGGGCAUCGUGGCAUCAAUGAAUAACAGCAUUGAUGUGAAACUUUCAACAAUUGUAGAAAUGAUGGAGUCCCGCAAAGUAGAGCUUCCUAAAGUGCAGGAGUCUCGUACAGGUGGUAGUUCUCGAGAUGAAAAUUAUUUUGUGGAGUAUCCUGACUUUGAAGUACCACCUUCCUUGGCCCAAGAAAACCCCCCAAGCCCAAUUCCAAGCACUAUGACUGGUGACCUGAUGAGGCAGCCUGCUGAAGAGCCACUGGCCGCAGCUCACUUAGAGGCUGCCACCGAGAAGGCCUUCACCAAUAUUGGCGGUGGUAGGUACCAUGUGACAAAUGGCUUUUGUAUAGGCAGCCAGCAAGCAGAAAAAAUCAUGGCACAAAAGAAGCCAUCCUUAGUGGCAAAAGACAUGGCUCAAGCCAUUAGGGACGUGAGGUCCUUUCAAAUAGAACAUACAGUGGUAAAUUAGUGCCAAAGGACUACAAAAACCAAGAUGCCACUGUUAGGAAACAGCUGAGCCCUGAAAAGGUGGCUUUGAUCGUUGAUGCGGUGACACAUUGGGGCUUGCAAAACAACACUUCUGUGUAAGCCACCAUCGACAAGAUGUCGACAAUCCUUUCGCAGAAGAUCCAAGAUGUGAGAAAAAGUUUGAGGAGAAAUGAGAAGUGAAGGGUCAACAAAUGAAGCAAAAUGUUGAUGAUGAAAAUGUUGAAUAAACAUACAAUAUUUUCACUUUGCUCUUACUAAACUUACUGAUGCGGUUGGAGAAAUGCCACAUUGCAAGUGGUGCUGCUCAUCGAGUGGUUCCAUUUACCAGCUGGCCCCAUUUACAAGCUACCCCACUAGCCAAGUGGUCCCCACUAGCCAAGUGGUCCCAUUAGCCAAGUGGUCCACACUAGCCAAGUGGUCCCUGUUCAAUAAGCCACUUCAAGUGGUUCCACUUGCAGCAAAUGUUUG